AUGGUACUGGCGACAGUGCAAAUAUCCGAUGAAAAAGAUAGCGAUUCGUUAGAUUCAAACCGUGCCUCGGGGGAGGCCGGUAUUCAGGGUUUCGAAGCAUACGAGGCAGCUGACCGUGCCAAUCUUCAGGUUGUUGGUGGAGAGUGCCCUACGGUCGGACUGGCUGGAGGAUAUACAGAUCAAGUCUUGGAAUGGAAAGCCAUCGACGGUCAAGGCAAAAUGCGGACUGCUCGACGUGACAAUGAGAAUUCAGAUCUUUUUUGGGCUUUAAGCGGAGGUGGUGGAGGCACUUACGCUGUAGUCUACGAGAUGACUUCUAAUGCACACCCGGGCACGCCAGUCUCUGGUCUUCACCUUUCUUUCGACAACACCAAUAUCUCCCAGGACGCAUUUUACGAAGCUAUAUCUAUUUUUCACGCCAACCUUCCGGCCCUUGUUGAUGCUGGUGCUAUGAGUAUUUGGUUUUAUACCAACACCACUUUUGCCAUUUCCCCCCUUACCGGACCGAAUAUACCCAAAGCGGAGUUAAUCUCCUUAUUACAGCCUUUUCUCGAGGCGUUAAACAGGAUCAGUAUUCAUUAUACCAUGAGAGCCUCACAGUAUAGCAGCUAUUAUAACCAGUUCAAGGGCGAACAAGGGACGAUCGGCGUGGGCGAGGCUCAAUACGGCGGCUGGCUCAUCCCUAGAUACCUGGUCGAGGAUAGCAAUGAGGAAGUGACCAAAGCCUAUCGUGAAAUUACUGAGAAUGGUGGAACGUUCAUUGGUGUCGGCUUGAACGUAUCCCAUGAGGUUGCUGGUGAUGUCUACAACUCGGUUCUCCUGGCCUGGAGAGAGACUAUUAUCGCGACAACCCUGACUACUCCGUGGAAAUGGGGCUCCGAAAAUUAUGAGGAGAUGGUAGCUUUGCAAUUGAAAAUGACUGAAAUUUUCAUGCCUAAGCUCGAAGCCAUCGCUCCUCACUCGGGUGCAUAUAUGAACGAAGGCGACUUCCGUCAACCCGACUGGCAGAAAGCUUUCUACGGGCGUAACUAUCGCACUUUACGCACUAUCAAAGCGAAGUACGACCCAAAUGAUGUCUUUUUCGGCAAAACUGCUGUUGGAACCGACGAGUGGGUGGAGCGCCAGGAUGGCCGACUUUGUCGCGUUAGCCAAUGGCAAGUGGAUUGGCUGCAGUUUGGAUCUCAAUAA